AUGUUUGAAAUAUCGGACGUGGUCAGUGCGUUGGGUACUAUGUACUCCAAUGCGGACCGAGAACUUAAACGUCAAGCGAUGGAGUUCCUCGAGAACUUCCAGAAGUCUAAAGAAUCUUGGCAAGUCUGUAAUGAGUAUUUAAUGGGAAACGAUGAUACUGACAUUCAAACCAAACUAUUCUUAACGCAAACUUUAAGGAACAAGUUGACUUAUGAUCUUGAACAAGUCAACGAAGAAAACUUGGGACAGUUACGAGAUGUGGUCUUAAACUUGUUGGUCAAGUACAACAAUAAUAGUUCUUACAAGCUUAUAAGGAUCCAAUUGAAUAUCUGUUUAUGCCAGUUGAUGUUGCAAGAUCUUAGUUGGACUAAUCCUUUGAAUAGCUUGGUGGAGUUUUUUGUCAACAAUAAACUUGUGGAUAACUUGUUUGAGUUCUUGAAGAUUUUACCUGAAGAAAUCAAUGACAUUAACAAGACUUAUUUGACUGAUGAAGAGUUUGAACAAAGAACGAAUCUGAUCAUGAACGAAUCCAACAUCGAACAGGUGUUUUUACUCUUUGACAGUUUUGUUGAAGGACAUGAGCUUUUGAUCUUGGAUUGUUUGGUUAACUGGAUCAAGGAAUCUCCUAUUGAAAGCUUCUUGAAGAUUAAUUCUUUAACCAACCUCAUUUUUAAUUCCAUAAGUAACGAAGAUUACUUUGAAAAAUCCAUUGAUUGUUUGGUGGUCAUAAUCAGAGAAACAAGAGAUAUUGAUAACUUGGACCUCAUAAGGGCGUUAUUAAUGAAGUUGAUUGAGUUAAACAAAUUUAUCAAAGUUGAUGAGGAAAAUUUCGAAAUUCUUGCCAAAUUGUACGUGGAAAGUUGUGAAAGUUGGCAUGUGCUAGUGGCCAAGAAUCCUGAUGAAUUCAAGCCUUUGGUUGAAAUCUUAUUGGGCUUCUUAAGGGAAGAUCAUGAUUUGAACAUCAUUCAUUACUCAUUCUAUUUCUGGUACCUUUUGAAACAACUUUUGACUAUACCUACAUUCAAGAACUGCAGAAUUAUUUUUGUUCCCAUCUAUGAAGAACUUAUAAGAAUCAUAUUGGUUAAAUUGACUUACCCAGAUGACGACAACUUUGGAGGAGAUAAAGAACAAGAAGAUAAGUUCAAAGAAUUCAGAUAUGAAAUGGGUGAUGUUCUCAAGGAUGCAACUGUGAUAGUUGGAUCCCAUAAGGCGUUGUCUAUACCUUUCGAACGAAUUAAAGCGUUCUCCAACUCGUCUAACUUGAAAUGGCAGAAUUUGGAAAGUGCUUUGUUCUCUAUGAGAUCUAUGGCUAAAGAGAUCCCCAAGACCGAAAAUAUUCUUCUCCCCCAAAUAAUGAAUUAUUUGAUCAACUUACCAGAGCAUCCAAAGAUCAGAUAUAGUGCUACAUUGGUGUUAGGAAGAUACACUGAAUGGACCAGCGCAAACCCAGAAUUUUUAGAAAUCCAGUUGAAUUACAUUAUCAAAGGAUUCGACAAACAAAAUGCAUCGUCACUUAAUCCUAAGGACUACAAAUCUAUUCUCAUUUCUUCCACCAACGCUUUGAUGUACUUCUGUCAAGACUGUUCAAAAUUACUUAUCAAUUACUUGGAGCAGUUGUACCUUGUUUACAAUGAAAUCAAUGGCAAGAUCGAUUUCGAAUCCAACAUAGAAUUGAUCGAAGGUAUUGGCUACAUCUUACGAAACUUCAAAGAAAAUGAUCCAAAGUUAUACGAUACUAUCAUGUUGUUCUUGCAGCCAAUUUUGAAUAAGCUUGACGAAUUAUAUGAAUCCAACAAUGCUGAUUUGAUUGGACAAAAAUUCGAACUUUUAGCAGCUUUAUUCAAGAUCCUAAAGGUCAAAGACUAUGAGAUUUAUGAGAACAAGACUGUGGGAGCCUUUGUUGGUGUUGUUCUUCCCAUUGUUAACAAGUACUUGUUCAAGUACUUAAACAAUUUAACCAUUAACGAGAAAAUCAUGAAGUUAAUCAAAGUGUCAGUGGAAUCCUUCAAUAUCUACUUGUUGGAUAACUUGAAAGACAUUAUCACAUUAUUGAUUGAAGGAUUUAAGGUGAAUAAUUUCGGGUGCUAUCUUUAUGUGAGUGGAACUAUCUUGAAGGUCUUUGGAGAUGAGGAGGCGUUUGAGCCUGAUUUGAUAAACACUGUGUGCAAAUUUGGUGUUGAGCAAGCCAAUUACUUUUUCACAUCAUUGAGCUCAGCAAAGAACAUCAGUGGGAUCCCCGAUGUUAUCGAGGACUUCUUCCGGAUGUUGGAUGACUUCCUUAUGUACUAUCCAAAUCAAUUCUUUGAUUUACAUGAUUCGGCGGUAUUGAAUCCAUCUAUUGAGAGCUCGAUGGUUUUGAUAGAUUCUUUGGAAAACUUUGAGAGCGUGAUUUCCAUCGUUCAUUACUUGAUUGACUUGAUAAGUUUUGGAUCUUCGAAUCUCCCUAUUUCAUUUGUGGAUAUCAGAGAUGAAGCCCUCAUUAAGUUCAAGGUUCUGAGUGUAUUGGAAUCCAAAGGGGAGCAAAUCCUAUACAAACUAAUUCACAGUUUGAUCUUCCGGUUCAACAAUACCAACAAUGAUACGAUCAUCUAUGACAUGAAUGAGUUGAUCUUGAAAGUCAUCAUUCUCGGGCCACCCAACUUAGUGGUAAACUGGUUAAUGAAUAUCUUUAGCAGCCUACCAAACAACGAUGUCAAGCAAUUAAACAAGUUCAACAGUAUUGUGGAAGUGGCUGUAGAGAACAAGGACCAAAAGAGAAUUCGUAACUCAUUGAAGGACUAUAUCGACUGGUAUACUAGAAAGAACGUCAAGAGAACUAUUAUAUAA